AAAGGAGUUUCUAUUUAGGGUUCUUAUUCUAGGGUUCUUCAUGGAUUUGGUCCCGGAACCGGAAGAAGGUGAGAUUGGCGUCGAGGAAGUGGCUGUGAGGCACGAGACUGCUGCCGCGACAGUCGAUUCAAUAGAAUCGGAGAUAGCAUCGUUGGAUGCUGCGAAAGAUGGAGCUUGUGAUGAUAUCAUCGAUUUGGCCUCCGAGGAGGAUAUGGAUUGUUCCGAUGAUCCAGUAUUGCCUCAAGCAAACUCCCGGAAAAGAAAAUCCAUCUCACGCGCGGACGAUGGAGCAUCUGUUCAAGUGACUUACACCAAACUUUCGAGGAAAAGCCAAAAGAAACUGCAAGAGGUUUUACUGCAUUGGUCUGAAUGGCAUGCUGCACAAAGCUUUGAAGAUGAUGAAGUACGAGAAGGCGGCACGGAAACGUAUUUCCCAGCUCUGUCAGUAGGGAAAACUAAAAUGAACUUUUGGGAAGACAAGCCCUCAAGACGAGCUUGUGUUCUCGAAGAGAGACAAACGGAAGUCCCUCUGUAUGAUCGUGGAUGUAGUGCCGUUUUGCAGCCUCUGGAGUUUCUUUCGGAUCAAGGGCACUUGGAGAUUCCGGACGAGGCAUCGAGGUGUUUUAACUGCGGCUCCUACAGCCAUGCUCUCAGGGAUUGCCAGAGACAGCGGGAUAUGUCUGCUAUCAACAGCGCUCGUAAGCUUUUCAUGUCAAGAAAAGGAGGGUCCAACACUCCUUCUCGCCGCUACUACGAGAGCACUCCAAAUGGGAAGUUUGACGACAUCAAACCCGGGUCGCUGCUGAGCGAAACCAGACGGUCCCUGGGGAUUGGAGAGAAAGACCCGCCUCCGUGGCUUCAGCGAAUGCGAGAAAUCGGCUAUCCUCCUGGAUAUAUGGCUACCGAGACAGACGAGGACGAACCGUCUGGACUCAUCAUGUUUGGAGAGGACAAUCCUUUAUCUUUCACGGAGGAUGGAGAGAUAAUCGAAGCGAAGCCACCAUCCUCAACGUCCCAGAAGAUGACAGUCGAGUUCCCUGGCAUCAACGCACCCAUUCCAGAAGACGCAGACAAGAGACUCUGGUCUCGGAGCCCCAGAGAAGCGGUGGCUCAGCACAGAUCCUUGUCCGACAGUAGGAGGAGAAGGUCUCGAUCUGAUGAUUACUUGACACCUCCUGGAGAAAAAUCUCCCGCUCGUGAUCGUGACCGAGACCGGGACCGCGACCGAGAUCGCCACUCUUCCCGACAUUCGCCAUCUUUGUCCGGCCGACGAGAGCGGAGCAGUGCAUGGGCCCAAGCUGAAGCUGCUCUGGAUUCGGUUCGAUCCAGCUACAGAAAGUAGGAAGACAGCAACCUUUUGUAACAGCAACAGCCGAGAAAAAGAAGCAUUUGAUAGACGCCAAAGCCUGGCAUGGCGGUCUCCCCGUGGUCAAGUAUCGGCCCCGCCACUUUGAUGCGCACUUAGGUGAUUUGUAUCAUAUCAGCUUUAUCCACUACACACAGCUGCACGAUAAACUAUCAUGUA